GUGAGCGGGCGGAGCCGGUGGGGUCCGACCGAGAGACCGACGGACGGACCGAGGGUUCGAGAGAGGGAUCGGGACCAGGAACUUGAGCGAGGUCUAAGACACCUGGGCCAGGUGCCCAGUCGUAGGUACCCCGGGCGCGAGAUGCGGUAGGAGAGGCGCGCGCAAGAAGCCCCAUCGCCGGCGCUGCCAACCCGUCACCCAGCCCAUGGCGAACCCCGGCCUGGGGCUGCUCCUGGCGCUGGGCCUACCUUUGCUGCCUGCCCGCUGGGGCCGAGCCCGGGGGCAAACCCCCACAGCGCUGACCCUUGCCGCCAAUGGAAACACCACUAUUUCGCCUUCUGGCCCCAGCUCCGAUGGGGCCCUGUCUCAGGAAGCCGUCACCGCCAUCAUUGUGGUCUUCUCCAUCCUGGGUGCCCUGCUCCUGGCUGUGGGGCUGGCGCUCUUGGUGCGGAAACUUCGUGAGAAGCGGCAGACUGAGGGCACCUACCGGCCCAGCAGCGAGGAGCAGUUCUCCCAUGCAGCUGAGGCCCGGGCCCCCCAAGACUCCAAGGAGCCGGUGCGGGGCUGCCUGCCCAUCUAGGUCCCCACCUCUCCACCCCUCCCCCAACUUCUUUGCUGUGUGACCUUUGGGGAAGGAAGGCAGAGCCCUCUCUGGGCAGUCAGACCCACCCAGUGCUUAAGAAUAGAAGGGAAGAAGUUGCUUCAAUUCUAAGGCCUUGCCCCUGAGGGCAAGGGAGGGCGGGGGGGCUGCUCACUUUUUAUAUAUUUAUAUAAAAUUGGUAGUGAGAU